UUGGACCGUUGUGUGAUGGGCAUAACGGCGGUGGAGAUCCUGAACGCCUGUGACGAGCUGGCUCCGGCCACCGUGGACGCUCUGAGCCACUCGGCUGUGAACCUGAAGCAGGCGAUGACUCGCCGCAGCCUGGCGGCCCUGAAGAACAUGGCUCAGCACAAACUGCAGACGCUCGCCACCAACCUGCUGGCUGCAGACAACGCCGAUAAGGGCAACCUGCCGAAAUACUCCCAUAAUGCCCUGGUGGUCCAAGCGAUGAAGACCAACCUGACGGACCCCGACAUGCACGUGCUGUUCUUCGACGUGGAGGCGGUGAUCAUCCAGCUGCUGACGGAGGAAGCCCAGAGACCGAACCCCAUGCUGGUGUCUCCGGAGACGCUGCAGAAGAGCCAGGCGGGCGCCGACAAGGGGGGGUCCUUCCUCGCCAACAAGAUCUUCAAACAGGUGAAGGAGACGAUGAAGGAGACCAUCAAGGAGCACCUGUUGGAUGAAGAUGAAGAGGAGGAGGAGGAGAUGAGGAGGCGGGAGGAGAAGUCCAAGUCUCUGAGUCUGCUGGAGUACAAUCUGACGAUGGACACGGCCAAACUCUUCAUGUCCUGUUUGCACAGGAGGUCACAUGUCCCUCUCAUGCUGCCCACAUUUAAGGAGUCCUUGCUGCGGCAGUUGUCCCUGGCGACGGGUCUGAAGCUGACUCUGACCGACAUCGUGGGGAAGGGGACGUACGGCGUGUCGAGGGCCGUCACCACACAGCACCUGCUGUCUGUCAUCUCACUGGCCAACACUCUGAUGGGAAUGACCAACGCCACCUUCGUCGGAGAGCACAUGAAGAAAGCGCCAGUCAGGCCUCCCAGACCAGGAGGAACCCCGGAGACUCCUCGCAGGACGGUGGCUGCCCCCCCUCAGCCCUCCAACCCGGCGCUACAGGCCCAGAUCAAACAAGCUGCUGUAGCUGCCACAGCCAACACCAGCACUGUUACUUCUGCUACUACUGCUGGGGCUCCGGGGGCCCCUGGGGGUCUUCCUCAGGGGGCCCCUGGCUCCCCGAGCCCCGGCCCUGCUUCUCAUAACAUCCCCUCAGUCAACGAAGGUUGGAGCCAGCUGGCAGCCAUGCACUGUGUGAUGCUCCCUGACCUCCUCGGCCUGGACAAGUUCAGACCUCCUCUGCUGGAGAUGUUGGCGAGGAGGUGGCAGGACCGCUGUCUGGAGGUGCGAGAAGCAGCACAAGCUCUCCUAUUGGCUGAGUUAAGAAGGAUCGGACAAUCUGGACGUAAGGACACCAUCGACAUGUGGGCUCCCUACCUGCCUCAGUAUGUGGACACUGUCAGCUCCCGUAAGUACCUCAAACUGCCUCUUAUCUGA